ACUUAUAAUAUGAUUAUGAUAUAUUUUAGCAAACAACCAACAUUAAUAAAAAUGAAACCAGGAUUAUAUCAUGAACAAAAAUGUUCACAGCUUUUAAGCAAGGAUGAAAAUGAAUCUGUGUUACAACUUCUGGGUCCAAAAUGUCAAAGUUUAGCUAUGGCUGUAGUUCAGUUUUUUAGCACUGAUGGCCCUGAAGGUACUGAAUGGAGGCAAAAACAUUUUGGAAUUCUUUGUUUUGUUAGAGACCCAAACAGAAAAUCAUAUUAUUUCCGAUUGUAUUGUCCAAUAAGACACCAGUUAUUAUGGGAACAUGAAAUGUAUAAUGGAUUGCAAUAUCAAAGUCCUACUAAAUUUUUUCAUUGUUUUGAAGCCGAGGAAUGUAUUGUUGGAUUCAAUUUUGCAAGUGAAGAUGAAGCUACAGUGUUUGAAGAAACAGUAAUUAAUCUACAACGAAGAAAGCGGGAAAAACGUUUGGAACAAAGGUCUAAGUCGCACAAUAAUCAAAAUAAUGUUUUACAACCUGUAAGUAAUUCUAAUAAUGCUUAUGGACCACCAGUUCAAAUGAAUGGUAAAGGUCAUAAAAAUAAAGGCAAAAAUUCAAAAAAUAAGAAAUACACUAAAGAUCAAAUUGGUUUACCAGAAAAUUUCAGACAUGUGCAACAUAUAGGUUGGGAUCCAGAUCGAGGAUUUGAUUUAGGGCAAAUUAAAGAUCCUCAAUUAAAUACAUUUUUUGCCAAGGCUGGGGUUUCAGAAAGCCAACUGCGUAAUCCUCAGACUCGAGAUUUUAUUUAUGACUUUAUUGAUAAACAUGGUGGUAUGGAUGCUAUUAAAGAAGAUGUUCAAGAUUCAAUUGUUCCACCUCCUUUGCCAACAAGAUUUCGUCAAGCUCCACCACCUCCACCUAUUUCAAAUAAUACACCAAAUACAAGAAGCCCAGCACCACCACCCCCUCGACCUAAUAAUAUGACUAUUCCAGUUAAAAAACAAGAAGAAUUCUUUAUUCCCCCGCCUCCACCAUUAAUGAAUGCAGCUCCACCACCACCACCUCCACCUCAAAUGGAAUUAAUCAAAAGUAAGCCUGUUGAAGCUGUUCCAGACUCUAGAUCUGCACUUUUAGAAGCUAUCAGAUCUGGUAAAACACUUAAGCAUGUUGAUACAUCAAAUUCUGUAAAAGCAUCUAACACUUCAGAACCAAAUUCAAGAAAUGACUUACUUGAUCAGAUAAGACAAGGCGUAGAAUUGAAAUCGGUGCAACCAAUUGAUAAGAAAAACGUAAACAAUAAUUUAGAAGCAGAUGGUUUAGCUGGAGCAUUAGCUAGAGCUUUAGCUGAACGAGCUAGAGUUAUUCACAGCGACAGUAGUACCAGUGAAUCCAGCGAAGGUGAAGAUGAUUGGGAUGAUUGAAUUGUUACUACUAUAAUAACGCAAAUUACAUUUUUUAUUUAUAUUCUUUAAUAUAUUUAUAUUUACUGUUGAAAGUAGUUUUAAUUUUAACUUA